UUUCAGCGUCGUAUCGACCCCUGUGUUGUGUUUGAUGGAGCGACCCAUGCCACACUAACCUACCGACCGAAGGUUCAAGACAGAGACCACAGGUGGCCUUAGCUGGAAGAGGUGCCCCCCUUCUCUCCUCCUCCUCCUUCUCCAUCUCCUCCUCCUCCUCCUCCUCGGUCCCCGGGUUCAGGACCGUGGACAGCUCCUUGUCUCCACCCUCAAACCACCGCGUGCGCUCCGGAGGGUCAAACGCGAGUGGGACAGCCAGAGGUGUACAGCAUCCUGAACACAUGACAGACUAUACAUUUGGGGACUUAACCUCUCUCAUUUUCUCUCGGAUGUGAAAUCUCUUAGGAGUCAGAGAAAAACCACGGAAGCACGAUGAUCUCACGAUAUAAACCGAGUCCUGGCUCCACCAUGUCCUUGGCAUUCUGUGGGAACGAGAAUAACUCGGCAGCUUACAACGUGGAUGGCGGGGUCCUGAACAACGGCUGUUUCCUGGACGCUCUCAACGUAGUGCCACAUGUUUUCCUCCUCUUCAUCACGUUUCCAAUCCUCUUCAUUGGUUGGGGCAGCCAGAGUUCAAAGGUCCACAUCCACCACAGCACCUGGCUUCACUUUCCCGGUCACAACCUGCGCUGGCUCCUCACCUUUGUGCUACUCUUCAUCCUCGUCUGUGAGAUUGCUGAAGGCAUCGUCUCUGAUGGGUUCAGCAAAUCCCUCCAUCUGCACCUAUACAUGCCUGCAGGUCUGGCCUUCAUGGCUGGCAUCACCUCUAUUAUCUACUAUCACAACAUCGAGACCUCCAACUUCCCCAAACUGCUAAUAGCCCUGCUAAUCUACUGGGUGCUUGCCUUUAUCAUGAAAAUCAUCAAGUUUGCCAAGUACACCGAGCAUGGCGUCGGCCCCAGACAGCUACGCUACUGCAUCACCGGACUGCUCAUGCUGCUGUACGGACUCCUGCUCGCUGUUGAGGUCAAUGUCAUCCUGGGCAGGCGCUACAUGUGUUUUGACGACCCAAUGGAGGUCAAGCCACCAGAGGACCUCCAAGACCUUGGUGUUCGAUUUCUGCAGCCAUUCGUGAACUUGUUGUCCAAAGCCACUUACUGGUGGAUGAACACCUUCAUCACCACCGCUCACAGACGACCCAUCGACCUCAAGGUCAUCGGCAAACUGCCCAUAGCAAUGAGAGCCCUCACCAACUAUAUCAAGCUACGCAGGGCCUUCGAAGACCAGAAGAGGCCCCAGGGCACAUUACCCCAGAGCCCAAAGCUGAUCUGGCAGGCGUUGAGGAAAGCAUUUGGCAAGCCCCUCAUCCUCAGCAUCACAUUUCGCUUCCUGGCCGACCUCCUGGGCUUCGCCGGUCCUCUCUGCAUCUCUGGCAUCGUCCACCACAUCAGCAAGGACAACCGCACAAUUCAGCCGCCGAUGAAGUUACUGGGGAUCUAUUUCAUUUCCUCCAAAGAGUUUCUGGAGAAUGCGUAUGUGCUGGCUGUGCUGCUCUUCCUCGCCCUGCUCCUGCAGAGGACCUUCCUGCAGGCCUCUUACUAUGUGGCCAUCGAAACAGGCAUCAACCUGCGUGGGGCCAUACAGACAAAAAUCUACAACAAGAUCAUGCGUUUGUGCACCUCAAACAUGUCCAUGGGCGAGUUGACCGUUGCUCAGAUAUGCAACCUAGUUGCCAUAGAUACCAACCAGCUCAUGUGGUUCUUCUUCCUCUGUCCUAACCUGUGGGCCAUGCCAGUGCAGAUAAUUGUGGGAGUGAUCAUGCUCUACUACCUCCUGGGAAUCAGUGCCUUGAUUGGAGCGACCAUCAUCGCUGUGUUAGCUCCUGUACAAUACUUUGUGGCCACCAAGCUGUCCCAAACACAAAAGACCACCCUGGAAUACUCCAGUGAACGCUUAAAGAAGACCAAUGAGCUGCUACGGGGCAUCAAGCUGCUGAAGCUGUAUGCCUGGGAGAACAUCUUCUGUGACAGUGUAGAGGAGAUGAGGGGCAAAGAGCUCACCAGCCUGCAGGCAUUUGCGCUCUACUCAUCUUUAUCCAUUUUCAUGAAUGCAGCUAUUCCCAUUGCAGCAGUUUUGACGACAUUUGUGGUUCACGUGUAUAUCUCAGAUGACGCUGAUCUAUCCCCAGCUGUGGCCUUUGCCUCUCUGUCCCUCUUCCACAUCCUGGUCACCCCCCUCUUCCUGCUCUCCAGUGUGGUGCGCUCCACUGUCAAGGCUCUAGUUAGUGUUCAGAAGCUCAGCGAGUUUUUCUCAAGUGACGAGAUUGGAGAUGAACAGGAGCCCAGAGCGACGUUAACCUCUGGAUCCAGCAAUCACAACCAAAAUAAAUAUCAGGCUGUGUCAUCCUCUAAACAUUUCCCUUCGUCCUCAUCCUCCUCUUUAUUCCAACACCUCCAGCCCCUGAAGGUGGUGAACCGGAAGCGCCCCCCGAAGGAUGACUGGACUAACUACAGCUCACAGGGGGAACAUGAGGGCAAUGGGCUCCACCAGGACGUGGACCAAGACACCUGUAUCAAGAUAACUAGCGGUUAUUUCACUUGGACGGACGGACCAGCGACACUUUCUAAUGUAGACAUAAAGAUUCCUUUUGGUAAGAUGACCAUGAUCGUGGGGCAGGUGGGUUGUGGGAAGUCGUCUCUGUUACUGGCAGCGCUGGGAGAGAUGCAGAGAGUAUCAGGAACCGUCAGCUGGAACAGCCUGCCAAACCUGGAGUCCGAGGGAGAUGAAAGCCCCACAGACAGAGAUACAGAAGGUGAUGGAGACAUCAGGAAGAGAGGCGCUGUGGCCUACGCUUCCCAGAAGCCCUGGCUGCUGAAUGCGACGAUGGUGGAGAAUAUCACCUUUGAGAUGCCCAUGAUAAAACCCAGAUACAAAGCUGUCAUAGACGCCUGCUCUCUUCAGCCAGACAUCGACAUCCUUCCAGAGGGGGACCAGACACAGAUCGGGGAGCGGGGAGUCAUCCUGUCAGGUGGACAGAAACAAAGGAUCAGUGUAGCCAGAGCGCUGUACCAGCAGACCAGCCUGGUGUUUCUGGAUGACCCGUUCUCUGCUUUAGACAUCCACCUGAGUGAUCAUCUGAUGCAGGAAGGCAUCCUCAAGCUGCUGAGGGAGGAGAAGAGGACGGUGGUACUGGUCACACACAAACUACAGUAUCUACCACACGCAGACUGGAUCAUAGCCAUGAAAGAUGGCACCAUCCAGACUGAGGGGACUCUGAAGGACAUCCAGAACUCUGAGCCUGAACUCUUCGAGCAGUGGAAGACACUGAUGCACAGACAGGACAAGGAUUUUGAGAAGGAGACAGUGGCAGCGAGUAUGACCGAUCUGGAAAGAAAAAAUCUGCGAAGGGCAAUGUACUCCAGAGAGGCUGUCAGGACUGAAGAUGACGAGGAAGAAGAAUCCGUGGAGAGUGACGAUGAUGACAACCUGUCUCAGGUGAUGCGUCAGCGUGCAACCAUCCCCUGGCGCUCCUGUGGAACCUACCUUUCCUCUGCUGGGCUCCUGCUGCUCACCCUGCUUCUCCUGUCGCAGCUCCUCAAACACUCACUCAUGGUCGCCAUUGACUACUGGCUGGCACACUGGACUUCUCGCGUCAUCACGGCCAAGAUCGAGGCCACAGCUCGAAACUGUACUGUUGUUCAGGACUGCGGUUUCAGUCAUUCGUGGUAUCUGCUUGUGUUCAGCGGGCUCUGCUGCCUCUGUCUGGCCACCUCCGUUGCUGUGGAGUGGACUGGCCUAAAAGUGGCCAAGGAGCUCCACCACAACCUGCUCAACAAGAUCAUCCUGGCUCCUAUGAGGCUUUUUGAGACGACUCCUCUUGGCAGCAUCCUCAACAGAUUCUCCACAGACACUAACACCAUCGACCAGCACAUCCCCACCACCCUGGAGUGCCUCUCUCGCUCCACCCUGCUGUGUGUCUCUGCUCUGGGCGUCAUCUCAUACGUGACCCCUGUCUUUCUCUUCGCCCUCCUGCCGUUGGCCGUCACCUGCUACUUCGUACAGAAAUAUUUCCGUGUGGCCUCGAGGGACCUGCACCAGCUUGAGGACAGCACCCAGCUCCCUCUACUCUCCCACUUCUCUGAGACAGUGGAGGGUCUCACCACUAUAAGAGCCCUCAGGUACGAGCCGAGGUUCAGACAAAGGCUCCUGCAGUUCACUGAUGCCAACAACAUCGCCACGCUCUUCCUCACAGCAGCAAACCGCUGGCUGGAGGUCCGCAUGGAGUACAUCGGAGCCUGUGUGGUGCUGGUAGCAGCUGUGGCCUCCAUCACAAACUGUCUCUACAACCAGCUGUCUACCGGUCUGGUGGGGCUGGGACUGACCUACGCACUCAUGGUAUCAAACUACAUGAACUGGAUGGUGCGUAACCUGGCAGACAUGGAGGUGCAGCUCGGAUCAGUCAAAAGGAUUAAUGGUCUGCUUAAAACUCAACCGGAGAACUAUGAGGGGCUGCUCACUGUGUCUCAGGUCCCUGACGGCUGGCCCCGACAGGGAGAGAUCCAGAUCCAGAAUCUGAGUGUCCGGUACGACGCUACGCUGAAGCCUGUGCUCAAAAAUGUCAACGCACACAUCAGCCCUGGGCAGAAGGUGGGAAUCUGUGGCAGGACGGGCAGCGGCAAAUCCUCGUUCUCCUUGGCCUUCUUCCGCAUGGUGGACAUGUUCGAGGGGAGGAUUGUAAUCGAUGACAUCGACAUUGCCAAGCUGCCACUGCAGACCCUGAGAUCUCGACUGUCCAUCAUCCUGCAGGAUCCCUUUCUGUUUAGCGGGACCAUCCGGUUCAACCUGGACCCAGAGAUGAAGGCUACAGAUGAGAUGCUCUGGGAGGCUCUGGACAUCGCUCAACUCAAACAGGUUGUUAAAUGUCUUCCAGGAGGCCUCGAUGCCAUGGUGACAGAGGGAGGAGAAAACUUCAGUCAGGGUCAGAGACAGCUCUUCUGUCUGGCCAGAGCCUUCGUCAGGAAGAGCAGCAUCCUCAUCAUGGACGAAGCCACAGCAUCUAUCGACAUGGCAACGGAGAGCAUCCUGCAGAAAGUGGUGAUGACUGCAUUUGCUGACCGAACAGUGGUUAUUAUAGCACAUCGCGUCCACACCAUCCUGAAUGCUGACCUGGUGAUUGUGAUGAAGCGGGGGAUCAUCCUGGAGUACGACAGACCCCAGGCCCUGCUGGACAAGGAGGACAGUGUCUUCACCUCCUUUGUGCGAGCAGACAAGUAGCACAAGAGGAGAGAUAAAGAAAUAUUUAAGACAUUCAAAGUGCAAUUGUCUCAUGGAAUAUAUUCCUCGUAUUUUUUAACCAUGUUGUAUUAUAUUUGUACAUAAAUAGUAGAUUCUUUGUUAAUAAAACAUAAAUUAUCAUUGAUUUGUCUGUUAUUUGGAGUUGUUUUGGAAAUAAGACUGAGAAUAAUAGUUGAAAAAAAGAAGUCAUGUUAAUGUAAGAGGCACAGGGAGGGGAUGUCACAGGGAGAGGCCAGGACUGACAUC